UAAACUUGACACAACAAACGAAGAGACCUAACACCGUUUACCCCCUCCAAUACCCUUUGCAGCGCUUUAUAUCCGAAAUCGGCGCAUCACUACCGUCGCCGGGCUUCCACCUCCACCACCAUCACUAUCAUUUAUAACAACUUAAUCGCCUGAAAAAAAAACCUAAUUCACAACACGCAUAUGUUUGCAGUAUAAUCACUCGAAAAAACCCUAGCUCCGGUCAUUCCUUCAUUCAAUACUCCAAUUGGGCAAUUUCUUCUUCAAUCAACAUCUGAAUCAACCAAAUUGACAUGAUUGAUGGUGGAAAUCAACAUGAUUCACCAUCAACAGCAGCAAACAACUGCAAUUUCAUCUAUUCCGAUCAGUUCUCCCUCUUCUUCCACCAUUAGACCACCACACACCACCACCACAACCGCCGCCGCAACUAACAACAACAUGCAGCAGAAGCCGCAACAGCAACAGCAGCAAAUACCGUCGCCGAUAUCUCUGGCGUCGCAGCGGCAACUGCCGAGUCAAUUUGUGACGCCGAUUUCUGCGGCUCAUCCUACCGGAGAGCCUGCGGUGAUUAUGUCUAGUUCGUCGCCGGUGGCGAGAGUUAGGUUUUCGGAUCUGGUUCCGUACGAUGGAGUGGCGACGGAUGGUUAUUUGAGAGCGGUGGAGAGUUUAUCCGGUUCGCUUACGCGGCAUAACGCGGUGGUGAUUGAGUUAGGGGUUGAGGAUGGGGCGUUGAUGAGGUGCGGGUUGGAAUCAGCUAGGAUGUAUUUUAGAACUAGGGCUCAGAGUGGUGGUUGUUGGAGUGGUAGUAAUGGUAAUAAUGGAUUUUACAAGUAUAGAGCAGGAAGGGCUUUAGAAGAUAUGGAUUCAUCUCCACCAUGUAUGGCAGAUGUUUUCAGAUGCAUGGGAAAGGCUGCUCGUGCUGCUUUAAAUGCAAUUGCUAGGCACCUUCGUUUAAGAAGCGAUGCUUUCAACCAUCUACUUGAUGACAACCCAUUACCUGCUAAUGAGGCAUCAUCGUCAGUGCUUGUUGCAUCGUACUUGCACAUGCCAUUGCAAAAGGGAAAAGGUGCCAUUGGUGGUGGGAACAUAACAACAAAUAAUGAAAGUGAAAAGGGAUUAUUAACAUUGAUCAGUUCAGAUACACCUGGUCUUCAGGUUCGUGAUCCCAAUGGUCGUUGGUACCUAGCAGAUUACAGUUCUGCCCCUGGGGAUCUUUUACUAUUAACAGGGAAGGCACUCAGUCAUGCCACUGCUGGCCUUCGCCCUGCUGCUUCAUAUAGGGCUGCAACCGAUUGCACUUCUACCACUUCUAAUGCUGGGAGGUCGUCAUUAGCAUUUAGGCUCAUGCCACAAAGUAAUGCCAUAUUAGACUGUUCCCCUAUUAGAACAGCGGGCCAUGUGAUCCCUCAAAGCUAUGUACCAAUUUCUGUCAGCCAGUUUAUGGAUGAUCUUUCUGCUGACGAGGAUGUACCCUGUAACGGCUCUGAUAGUGCUUUUACGGGUUGGAAAAUUUCUAAUAAAGAACCAUCAUUAAGAAGUGUACUCUCUGAUUCAUUAUCUGGUACAUUUCUUGAAGAUGCUAUGUUUGCUCCAUGCGGGCAUUCAUUUGGUGGCAUGAUGCUCAAGAGGGUCAUAGAGGCGGGAAGAUGUACAGUCUGUGAUGCUGAAGUUGGGAAUGCAUCUUUAAUACCUAAUCAUGCUUUAAGAGCUGCAGCAGCAGCUGUUAAACGUGAGGAUGAUCGACGGCUUUUCCACAAUGCUGCUAUGAGGAAACAAAGAAGAGAAGUUGGCGACCGCUGGGUAAAUGGUGAUGCUACUUCUGAAAAUGGGUCCCAAAGAUGUGUGCAGUAUCCAUUUUCAGUAAACGAGAAAGUUGUUAUUAAGGGAAACCGAAGGACACCGGAUAAAUUUGUUGGGAAAGAAGCCAUCAUAACUUCACAAUCUCUUAAUGGCUGGUACCUGGUAAAUAUUAUUGAAAGUGGAGAGAAGGUUCGGCUGCAGUAUCGAUCUUUCACAAAGAUCCCAAAUUCUCCGCCACAACCUCAGCCUCCUCCACCGGCUACAACCAGUUGAUUUUCUUUAUCGACUCACGCCUUUAAGAUUAUAAGUGUCGAAUUAAAAUGAGUUAUUUUUUAGUAGCAGCUAAAUUUGUAAAAAGGUUUCUUAUUUAUUUAUAUCUUAGUUUGAUAUUUUCAUGAGCUAGGGUGUAAAGAAUCCAAGUCCCAAGUUUGUCUAACCUAGCUUGGUGCAUUUCGAGCUUAGUUGGUUCGUGAGUUUCAAGCUUACCCAAGCUCGAUCAUGUUUAUUAUUUACAAACCAAUUUUGUUUAUACAUACAAAGUUUUAUUUA